GGUUUUAAGAGAUGCCUGGUGAGGUCUUUGGAAGAGGAAAAUCUUUCUUUCUUUUUGUCAUUUUAGUCUAUUUAUUUAGAUUAGGCAGGUGGGGUUCUGGGACAGGUCUCCAGCUCUCAGGCAGGACUGUGCAUUCCCUUGGAACAGUGAGGAAAGCACAUUGACCCUUGAGCUGCUGUCCUUCCAUGAUGUGGCUUUAUGCUCUGGUCUUGGCCUGUCUCACCACUUGCACAGCUUGGGCAGGACACACAUCCUCACCACCUGUGGUGGACACUGUGCAUGGCAAAGUCCUGGGAAACUAUGUCAGCCUGGAAGGCUUUGCACAGCCUGUGGCGGUCUUCCUGGGAGUCCCUUUUGCCAAGCCCCCUCUGGGAUCCCUGAGGUUUGCCCCUCCACAGCCUCCAGAGCCAUGGAACUAUGUGAAGAACACCACCUCUUACCCUCCCAUGUGCUCCCAACAUGAAGAAGGGAAUCAGAUGCUCUCUGAUUUCUUUACCAAUAGGAAAGAGAGCAUUCCUAUCUGGUAUUCUGAAGACUGUCUAUAUUUAAACAUUUACACUCCGGCGGACUUGAGGAAGAAAAGCAGUCUGCCGGUGAUGGUGUGGAUCCAUGGAGGUGGUCUGGCGCUUGGUGGGGCAUCAACCUAUGAUGGACUGGCCCUCUCUGCCCAUGAAAAUGUGGUGGUGGUGACCAUUCAGUACCGACUAGGCAUCUGGGGGUUCUUCAGCACAGGAGAUGAACACAGCCGGGGGAACUGGGGUCACCUGGAUCAGGUGGCUGCACUGCGCUGGAUCCAGGACAACAUUGCCAACUUUGGAGGGAACCCAGGCUCGGUGACCAUUUUUGGGGAAUCAGCAGGUGGUGAAAGUGUCUCUGUUCUUGUGUUAUCUCCCCUGACCAAGAACCUGUUCCACAGGGCCAUUUCUGAGAGUGGGGUGGCUUUAACUGCUGGUCUGGUCAAGAAGGAUGGCAAGUCUUUGGCUGAGAAAAUUGCUGUUGCUGCUGGGUGUAAAACCAUCACAACAGCUGUCAUGGUUCACUGCCUGCGCCAGAAGACAGAGGACGAAUUGCUAGAGAUCUCACAGAAGAUAAAACUUCUUAGCGUGGAUUUACUUGGAGACCCCAGAGAGCACGAUCCCUUUGUGAGCACCGUGGUUGAUGGUGUGCUGUUGCCCAAGACACCCGAAGAGAUUUUGGCUGAAAAGAAUUUCAACACUGUCCCCUAUAUGGUAGGAAUCAACAAGCAAGAGUUUGGCUGGGUCAUUCCAAUGUUGAUGGGAAAUCCAAUUCCUGAAGGCAAGCUGGACCAGGAGACGGCCACAUCACUCUUGUGGAAGUUCUAUCCCUUCGUUAACAUUUCUGAAGAACUGACACCAGUGGCCACUGAGAAGUAUUUAGGAGGAACAGAUGACCCUGUCAAAAAGAGAGAGCUGUUUCUGGACUUAUUGGCAGACUUGAUGUUUGGUAUCCCAUCUGUGAUUGUGGCCCGUGGCCACAGAGAUGCUGGAGCCUCCACAUACAUGUAUGAGUUCCAAUAUCAGCCAAGCUUCUUAUCAGACUUGAAAUCCAAGACGGUGAUAGGAGACCAUGGGGACGAGAUCUUCUCAGUGUUUGGGGCUCCAUUUUUAAAAGAGGGUGCCUCAGAGGAGGAGAUCAACCUCAGCAAGAUGGUGAUGAAAUUCUGGGUCAACUUUGCUCGAAAUGGGAAUCCCAAUGGAGAGGGGCUGCCUUACUGGCCAGAGUACGACCAAAAGGAAGGGUACUUGCAGAUUGGUGCCACCACCCAGCCUGCCCAGAGACUGAAAGACAAAGAAGUGACCUUCUGGACCCAACUUCUAGCCAAGCAGGCGGUGAGCUCACACUCUGAGCUCUGAAUGGGAGGCCCAGCCAGCUGCAGGAACCUGGAGCAGUCAAUACAUUUGUAUUAGACAGACCCUGUUUGUAGACCAAAGAAGCAUCUUAUUUUAGAGGCCAAAGAAUCAUUUGUCGGUGUUUGCAGAAUCCAAUGAUGGGUAAUGUUUUCACUCUGGUCCCAAUUUGGCGAUAAAUGUUGUUUUGGACAAAAUAA